GUACUUUCAGAAGCACUAUAAAAGCCGUUGUCCAGGAUUCUGGAAAUCAUUCUCAAUCCUCGAGAGCAACACUAACAAUAUCUGCACAAUAAAAUGGCAUUCAAAUUUGUUGUUUUGGCGACUCUUCUCGCUGCAGCCAACGCAGGAGUUAUCUCCCCACAUGGCUAUGCGUCGUCUCAUCAAUCGAUCCAACUGCAGCAUGCUGCUCCAGUACACCACGUAGCCGCUGUCCAUGCUGCACCAAUUCAUCAUGUGGCCUCUAUCCAUGCCGCUCCAGUCCAUCACGCCCUCGUAAAAGAAGUCGAGCACCACGCUCCGGCCAAUUACGAGUUCGCUUAUUCCGUCCACGAUGAGCAUACCGGAGAUAUCAAAAGCCAGCAUGAGACCCGCCAUGGGGAUGAAGUCCAUGGACAGUACAGUCUGCUCGACUCCGAUGGCCACCACCGCAUCGUAGACUAUCAUGCCGACCACCAUUCAGGAUUCAAUGCCGUUGUUCGCCGUGAACCAGCCAACGUCAAAAUCGCCCAACCAGUGCACAAAGUCAUUGCCGCGCCCGUGCACGUUGCCAGCCACGCCAUUGCUCCAGUUCACCAUCAAAUUGCUCCAGUCCACCAUGCUGCCAUUUCGCACCAUCACGCCGCUCCAGUCAUCGCUCAGGUUUCGCACCACCAAGCGGCUCCCGUCGUUCUCUCCCACAGUGCCCAUCAUGUUGCUCCAGUCCACCAUGCUUCGAUCUCUCAUAUUGCCCCAGUUGCUCACUACAGCCAUCAUGAUGGGCAUCACGCCGGUGGCUACUACAGCCAUUACUAAAAAACUAAAAACAAUGCAAACCUCAAUCUCAUUGAUCCUGUCGAAGUUAUUUUAGAAAAAUGUGCAUAUGGUAAUAGUACAUGUGCAGUAAGCUUUUUGUAAAUACAUAAUAUUGAAUUCAAUAUAAA